UAAACACACCCCGAGACUGUCAUGGAGGGGGAGGAGGAGGCGGCGGCGGCGAAGGGAGGCGCUUUGGGCCGCCUCCAGGGUCCGCUCUGCCAUUCCUGAACUGGUCCCUCGUCCCCGUGACUGUGGCAUCAGGGAAACGAACUGUUAGGCGAGAGGAGGAGGCAGUCAGAACCAUAUCCCCUUCUUCCCCCGGGGCGGGGGCCGGGCCGGGCCAGGCCGGCUGAGCCGGGGGAGGGCAGGGGGAGGGAGCGCCCGGCCAGGCCGGCCUGUCUGCCGAGAUGGAUGACAGUAAGGUGGUCGGAGGCAAGGUAAAGAAGCCUGGUAAACGUGGUCGCAAGCCAGCCAAAAUCGACUUAAAGGCAAAACUUGAGAGAAGCCGGCAAAGUGCAAGAGAAUGCCGGGCCAGAAAAAAACUGAGGUAUCAGUAUUUGGAAGAGUUGGUAUCCAGUCGGGAAAGAGCCAUAUGUGCCCUCAGAGAGGAACUGGAAAUGUACAAACAGUGGUGCAUGGCAAUGGACCAAGGAAAAAUCCCUUCUGAAAUAAAGGCCCUACUCACUGGAGAAGAGCAGAGCAAAUCUCAGCAGAACUCAGGCAGGCACAUGAAAGCUGGAAAGACAGAUGCUAAUAGCAAUUCCUGGUGAAGAUUCUAUAAAGUGACGAGUCAGGGGUUGAAGCCAAUAUUCUGAUUCCUAUGGAGGAUGAAUGGGCAAGCUUGCAUUGACUCCAUUUACUACCUACUGCUCAGUAGUCAUCUCUGUCCAUCUGCAGUUUCUACCAAAUGUGCGAUCCUAGAUAUCAAAGGAUUUUGCUUUAACUUUCAACACAUAGAAAAUUUACUGACUUUUCAGACCUGUUCUAGUUCUUAUCGCUGCCCAUGGCAUUUAACAUGUUGCAAUGCUUGAAAACACAGGAGUAGCGAAAAAUGGUGAAGAUUGUAUUUUUGCACCUUAACUCCACGUUGCUUUGUUGGUUAAUUUAUAUUCUUUCCAUGUAAUUCAUGUAGUUGUGUGUGUGUGCGCACGCACGCACGCAUUUAGAUGUCGCCUCCUUUCUUGUCUUGUGUUGCCCUACAAAGAGAAACCAAACAGGCUUAUCACUGAGUAUAAGUUCUCAGUCUUUAUGGACCUAAUCUUACCUUUACAUUUACUUGAGUAAUGUUUAUUUUCUGCAUGAACCAUGAUUUCUCCUGUGAGCCAUUCCAGCAUAAGCUGUGAAUAUAUAUUAACAAAUAUAUACAUUUCUAUUUUUAUAAUCCAUACUGAUAUGACUGUUUUAAAAAAAAGUACAUGUUAACAAAAUCCAUCAGAAAAACCCUCACGGCAGCCUCAUAUUUAAAACAUUUGUUGCUGUCUUCUCAAACUAUAUUUAUAAAAGUUUGCUAGGACCUAACUCAUACUUGGAGAAUAGGCAAAUUUUAUUUUUAAGCAAGAAGUAACUUUUUAGGCAUUUCAGCUGCAUAUGUCACCUUGACAGCCCAGCGUAUGUCUGUGUGUACGUGUUCCUAUUGUAUGUCUCUACAUGUAUGUGGGGAGGGCAGGAGUGAAUGUUCACACACAUUUCUUUGUGUACUCAACUAACUUAAAGAAUUUUUUUAAAGAAAAUAGAAUGAAACUAGCUGCUGAGAUCGAGUUUCAGCCUCAAGAGAUCUGGAACAAAAUGAGGGGUAAACUGCUGGUAGAUUUAAUGGCUGUAGCCAUAACCGGAACACUUAGUUUCUUCCCUGCCAUGUUUCUUCCUCAGAAGGUGUUCUGAGCCAGAAAAAGAAAUGGUGUCAUGUGCAUCUGCGUCAGCACAGCCAUGCCGGCAGCGUGAGGGAGGCACAGGAGCUAGAGCCACACACGAGGCCACGAGAAGGUGCCGAGUGCACCUCCGUUCCCUUCAUAGCUGCCUUACUUCCUCCCUGGCUGGCCAGUGGCAUGAUGGUUGAGAAAUCAAGCUCCUAAUAUGACACACUCAGAUAGGCCGAGGAAUCUUUUGAUUUCCCAUUGGACACUUCUCUUUCCCAUAGUUAGAUCAGGAGUCAUAUUCUCCAUGGCUGCUACAUUAUAAUUGUUCAUUGGUCGAAGGAAACAAAAUAUUUGGCUUCCAAACCAAGUAAGUUCUGUUCUAAAAGGCAGUCUGAGAGGAGGUGUCAUACUCUAGCUUGUCUGUGAGGUGACACGUGAGCUGGACCAUAUAAUUUCAGAUGACAAGGUACUUUCCCCUUUCUCCUAGGCCACACGUUUGAAUAAAGUGCCUCCCUUCACCUGCGUUCCUAAAGAUCUCUUGUGUGUAGGUAGCAAACUCAGAUCUCUAGUCUAGUCCUGUGUGACUACUGAUAUACCACUAGCCCAGCUUGUUGGGUUUCUCUGUAUUUUGGAGGACUGGGGAUUUACGAGUAUUUAAUGUCUUUUUAGGAUCACAAAUAUCAAUAGAUUAAGGAUUGUUGAUAUUCAGGCCUUCGGAAUUUAAGUGUUUUAAAUAUAGUGUUCAGAUUGUAAUGGGUAUGUUUUUGCCAUCUGGUCUACUCAAAUGUAUAUUUUUAUUUUACAAAACAACCCAAAACUUACUCUAUGUUGCUUUGUGCAGGACCUUUUGAAUUCCGGAGAGUUGUUUUCAAAGCAAACAUUCCAAACGAAUGUGGCUCUUCAAUGGAACGUCUCCAUUGUGCUUGAAGUAUUUCUUCUCUGGUUGUAAUUUUAAACACAGGGUCACUCAAGCUUCCUUCUCUCCCCUCAUUACUUUUAUUAAGAACAGUGACAGUAGAGGACUUGUUAUUUUGGGUGAAAGUAAAUUAAAAUUUAUUUUCGUUUAUUCCUAAAUCUAUCUGUGUUUGAUAUUCUGGAGUAGAUCAAAUCAAGCAAAAGCAGGUCUCAACAAGGAAGAUUUUGAAUGCUUUGGGGUUUGUGCCAGCUGCUCACUUUGGCUACUUGAAGCAUGUGUAUGUCACUGGUUAAAGCAGCUGGAGCAUUUCUUUCCCCAUUCCAGAGCAGCAGCCAGCAGGGGCAGAGUCUAGCAUCUCUGCCUUACCUGUAAUAAUGGCCAGUGGACUGAGUGAGAGCAGAGAGCUUGAGAGUGAGCUCAGGCCCUCUAGAUCCGUGCUGUUCUCCUUGCCCUAUGCAAAUGGAGGGGUAGUUUUCUUUUUUUCCCCAAAGAAGAAAGGAAAGGGGGAAAUUAUCUGUGUAUUUAGACCAUCAUACUCUGUCAUUAAUUUAGAUAGACCUGCUGUGUAUUAGAGCAACUGAACAGAAUAUGGAAUAAGUUUGACAAGUCAAAUUUUAAGAUGUAGUUGAAGUUCUUAAUUUUUUUCCUAUUUUAUCUAAAACCUUUCUAUUAUUUCUAAAUCAGAAUCUAUCUUAUUACAGCAAAUUCGUAUCACUGUUUGCCAGCUAAUUGACAGUAUUUAUCAACAGCACUGUUUAUCAUUUUAUUUUAUCAUCUUUGAAUUGUGAGCCUUGAUAUGACUUGCUACAAAAAGCAUAGGUUUAAUUUGGGCUGACCUUUAGUUUAAGCAGGGGCAAAGAAAACUGAAAAACAGGAAUGCUCUAUUUCACAAGAAAUCAGUUGCAUAUAAUCAAUUACAUAUUCAGUUAAAGAGAAGAUUACUGUUAAACCACAUGGUAUUUGGGGGGCAUUGAUGGAAUUUCUGUUUCUGAAGAGCAUUGUACAAUUAUAUUUUUAUGAAAAUAAAAUAUGUCUUCACCAGA